AAGUGUGGUGGGUUCAUGUCACCUCCCAGCUGCGUGGCUGCACAGCCAGCCCCCUUCCUGCAGAGCCCCCCUCCUGGCCGUGGGUUUAGGGACGGUGGCAAGGGGCUGCAGACUCCGGGGGUCUUCGGUGAGCAGCUGCCUGGUGAGGAGAGGAUUUCCACUCUGGGGUUUGGGUGCAGAUGCAGAGAGAAGAUGGCGAUGGGGCUUACAAGGGCGUUCCUCUUCCUCUUCUUCAUCAUGCAAACAGCCUGGGCACAACACGGUCCAUUGGAGGUGGUAGGGGUUGUUGAUGGGGUGGCAUAUCUCAGCCCCAGACUGCAAACCCAGACCUCCUAUCAUCAAAUCCACUGGCGGCGCAACAACUCGGUGAAGAUCACCAGCCGGGACAGCAAGGGGAAGGUCUGGUAUACCAACAGCACCUACAAGGGACGCCUGGAGCUCUUCCCCAACAACAGCCUAAAAAUCAGCUGCCUGCAGAAAAAUGACAGCAGCAUGUACCAGGUGUACCUGGAGGAUGAGGUGGGCAAGGAGUACACUGAAAACAUCCUUCUGACAGUGUAUGAGCUGGUCCCGAAGCCCACUGUGAACGCCAAAGUGAUCAGGGGUGACUUGACAUGGUGCAAAGCCACCCUGGAGUGCUCAGUGGGGCUUGAAGGGGUGACCUACGAGUGGAUCCCCCCCAGCAAGCUCCCACUGGAGGAUGCGGGUGCCUCUGAGCAGCAUGUCUCCUUUGACCCCUUGAUAGAAACCUACACCUGCAAAGUCAGCAACCCUGUCUCCUCCAACAAUGCCUCACUGACCUACAGGCACCCUUGUUCCUGGACAGGUGACUCCUCCGCUGCUGCAGCCUGUACCACCACCAGCAUGCUGGUGGUCCUGGGACACCUCCUCCCCCUCUUCUUCCUCCUCAGUCUGGCUUAAGGAUGCUCUGCGGUUGACAUCUCUCCUCAUCUCAUCACCCCCAGUGCCUGGAUGAAGUCCCUAAACUGGCUGGAUGCAGAAUGAUGCGGUUGCUCAAGGGAACCAUUAUAACCAGUGUCUGUUACACCAGCACCCACCUGCUUCCCACCAGCCCAGGCGCUGGCCUCUCUGCCACUGCCUUCAGGGUAGUUCCAUGCUUCACUUUCCCCCCUCACCUUUUCUACUUUGCUUCAAUCAGAGGUCAUUUUCUCCAGAUCUGAACAAAACCGGGAUGAACACUGUUGCAAUGGUGUUUCAAGAACCCUGGCAAUCUAAAUUAAGUUCAUGGUUAACUUCUUGGAAAUCCUCCUCUCCCCAGCCCUGAGAUCUGUGGGGAGACCCAAUCUGAGCCUUUCCCAGGGGUGCCCAUGGACUUGGAGGGAUCCUUGGCCAUUGCCUGCUGUUGAUGAUGGCCUUUAUGGUGCUGAUGAGCAGUGUGAUGGUGCAGGACAGUACAUGACGUGUUUAGCCUGAAACCAGUGACACUGGCAUGGAUGCAACUGGGUGCUGCCUGACCUCCAGGUCUGGAGCACCAGAACAUCUUGAAGCGGGCAGAGCUAAGGUGGCUUUCUCUGCAAGGGAGUAUUCAGCAGGGCGAGUAUGGCCUCUGCCUUCAGAAAUGUGUCUG